CCCGCGCGGCCCCACCCGGCUCACUCGGCUGCGGACGGGACAGAGCUCAGGCUGCCUGCUCUGCGCUCUCCAGAUCCCUGGUGAGUGCUCCCGAAAUCUCAGUCCUCACGCCUGCUCCCCUUUGUGUUGUCUCCCCGGCUGACCCAGUGGGCAUUGAAGACACCAUGUUCAGCUGGCUGAAGAAGGGCGGGGCUCGGGGCCAGCAACCCGAGGCCAUCCGCACUGUGACCUCGUCCCUCAAGGAGCUGUACCGCACGAAGCUUCUCCCCCUGGAGGAGCACUACCGCUUCGGGGCCUUCCACUCGCCAGCCCUGGAAGACGCUGACUUCGACGGCAAGCCCAUGGUGCUGGUGGCCGGCCAGUACAGCACCGGCAAGACCAGCUUCAUCCAGUACCUCCUGGAGCAGGAGGUGCCCGGCUCCCGAGUGGGUCCCGAGCCCACGACCGACUGCUUUGUAGCUGUCAUGCACGGCGAGACGGAGGGCACCGUGCCGGGCAACGCCCUGGUUGUGGACCCGGAGAAGCCCUUUCGCAAACUCAACCCUUUCGGAAACACCUUCCUCAACAGGUUUAUGUGCGCUCAGCUCCCCAACCAGGUCCUGGAGAGCAUCAGCAUCAUCGACACGCCAGGCAUCCUGUCAGGUGCCAAACAGAGAGUGAGCCGCGGCUACGACUUCCCGGCUGUCCUGCGCUGGUUUGCUGAGCGCGUGGACCUCAUCAUCUUGCUCUUCGACGCCCACAAGCUGGAGAUUUCCGACGAGUUCUCAGAGGCCAUCGGUGCCUUGCGCGGUCACGAGGACAAGAUCCGCGUGGUGCUCAACAAGGCGGACAUGGUGGAGACGCAGCAGCUGAUGCGUGUCUACGGGGCGCUCAUGUGGGCGCUGGGCAAGGUGGUGGGCACGCCCGAGGUCCUGCGCGUCUACAUCGGCUCCUUCUGGUCCCAGCCGCUCCUGGUGCCGGACAACCGGCGCCUCUUCGAGCUGGAGGAGCAGGACCUCUUCCGUGACAUCCAGGGCCUCCCGCGCCAUGCGGCACUGCGCAAGCUCAACGACCUGGUGAAGCGGGCGCGGCUGGUGCGGGUUCACGCUUACAUCAUCAGCUACCUGAAGAAAGAGAUGCCCUCGGUGUUCGGGAAGGAAAACAAGAAGAAGCAGCUGAUCCUCAAGCUGCCUGUCAUCUUCGCGAAGAUCCAGCUAGAGCACCACAUCUCCCCUGGGGACUUCCCCGACUGCCAGAAGAUGCAGGAGCUGCUCAUGGCACAUGACUUCACCAAGUUCCACUCGCUGAAGCCGAAGCUGCUGGAGGCGCUGGACGAGAUGCUGACCCACGACAUUGCCAAGCUUAUGCCGCUGCUCCGGCAGGAGGAGCUGGAGAGCGUGGAGGUUGUGGUGCAGGGCGGUGCCUUUGAGGGCAGCCGGAUGGGGCCCUUUGUGGAACGCGGCCCCGACGAGGCACUGGAGGAUGGCGAGGAGGGCUCGGAAGACGAUGCCGAGUGGGUGGUGACCAAGGACAAGUCCAAAUACGACGAAAUCUUCUACAACUUGGCCCCCGCCGAUGGCAAGCUGAGCGGCUCCAAGGCCAAAACCUGGAUGGUGGGCACCAAGCUACCCAACUCAGUGCUGGGGCGGAUCUGGAAGCUGAGCGACGUCGACCGAGACGGCAUGCUGGAUGACGAGGAGUUCGCCCUGGCUAGCCACCUUAUCGAGGCCAAGCUCGAGGGCCACGGGCUGCCUACCAACCUGCCCCGCCGCCUGGUGCCGCCUUCCAAGCGACGCCAGAAGGGCUCCGCCGAGUGAGACCCCAGCGGACCGCUGGCUCUCCCUCCCACAAUGCCCUGCUGCGGCUCCCCAGCAGAUCCCCGCUCUGGCCAACUCACCCUGCCUGCCUACCCUGCCCGCUGUAAAAACUUGGGGGGCGGGGCUUCUCUCCCACACCAGGCAUUCAGUGAAAGCACUUACGGAGGACCAGAGGUAGUGACAAACCUCUGUCCUUCACACCUCCACGCUCACAUACCCAUGGGCUUAUCACAGAAACACACACCGUUCAUAUAUAGACUUUUUUUCUUUUCUUUUUCUUUUUUGAAAGUCUCUUACAUAACUCGGGCUAACCUUGAACACUCCGUAUGUAGCUGAGGAUGACCUUGAACUUCUCAUCUCCCUGGCCUCACUUCCUGAGUGCUAGAGUUUCUUGCAGGCAUGAGCCACCGUGCCUGGUUUUUGCAGUGCUGGGGUGUGAACCCAGGGCCUCCUACGAGCUAGGCAAACACUCUUUAUCAACUGAGCUAUGUCCACCGCCCCAUCCAGGUAUUUAUUGAGCACUUACUGCGUGCUGGGCACUUGUGGAACUGACUCUCAGGAGUGUGGCAUCUACAUAGUCACACAGACACUGAUGCCAGCAAGACCCCUUGUUCCUUUUUAUAGUUGCCUAUAAAAAAGCAGCCACGCUAGGCUUCUCCGUUAAGUCUCCAGGUCGUAGGACCAUCGGGAGUUGGGGGGGGGGAACACCUGACCUCCUCCUUCCUCAUACGGAUCCCCUCUUUCACUUUCCUUCCCACAAAUCCUGAAUUCUGACCACACCCAUUUCACAAAGAUUCCGCAAAUGGAAAAACCCCAACUUCCCACUUCCUUCCAUCCUCUGCCCCGCGCCCCUAGUCCCCUCAGCAUGUGUGUGGGUUUGGGAACCAAAGUAUUCGGCCCUCUGCCUAUCUUCAGGUCAUAUUUAAGUAAAGUCCCUCAGAGACAGAGGCCCAGGAGUGGGGUGCCCUCCUGAAGCCGGGGUGAAUAUCUCGGGGAGAGGGAAUUCUUGGUGCCUUAGCCUUUCCUCCCUAAGAGUCGCCCACCCCCAACUCCUUGUGUCUUCACCACCUUCGUGCUCACCCUGGUGGGGGACACCGUGGAAAAGAUGGGGUGGCAAGGAAGGACAGCUGGAGGGGGCUGGGAACCCGAGAGUGUCCCCCACACGGCCAAUAAAGCCAAGGCUGCUG